GAAAAGAUUAAUAAUAAUAAUCCAAUGGAGCCCUUAAUCAUAAUUUUAUUAAUCAAAUCUUUAGCUAAAAAGUCUUCGAAAGGCUGCUAUAAAAUCCUUAAAAAAAAAACCAAAAAUCGACGUAUAAAUGACUACCCACGUGGCAAUAUCUGAGGAGAGAGAGAGACAAAAACCCUAAGGCAGGUUUUUUAUUUUCUUCGUCCGUCCAUCUCUCGCCGCUUUGUCUUUGUAACAAAUCCACAUCAAUCCAUCUUAUCGGAAUCUUUCCUCAUUAUGCUCAGCCACCAUUACCAGAGCUCCAUUGUUUCAGUUCUCUUUUCAACGAUUAUCGGAAGUAUUCACACUAUUAGUAUCAUCAUCGUCGCCAACUGAUUUUGAUUACCAGCUUCGGUGACGUUUUCAUACACGACGGUCGUGAUUAAGGAGGUUUUGGUAAAUAUCUUUUUGGUUUGUUUUGAAAGAUGGCUGCUUUGAAAGGUUAUGGAUUGUGUUCUAUGGACUCUGCACUACAAUUCCCCUGUCCAAAGUUAUCCAAUGGCUACAAGAGAAGGAGCUCGAAAUGGGUCUCUCCAAAAGCAGCUGUUGUGCCCAAUUUUCAUCUCCCAAUGCGCAGCUUGGAGGUUAAAAACAGGACAAACACAGACGACAUUAAAGCUCUACGUGUGAUCACUGCUAUCAAAACACCGUAUCUACCUGAUGGAAGAUUCGACCUUGAAGCAUACGAUGACUUAGUGAACAUUCAGAUACAAAACGGCGUUGAAGGUGUCAUUGUUGGGGGUACAACUGGUGAAGGACAAUUGAUGAGCUGGGACGAACACAUUAUGCUUAUAGGCCAUACCGUUAACUGUUUUGGCGGAAGCAUCAAAGUCAUUGGAAACACUGGAAGCAAUUCGACUAGAGAAGCAAUCCACGCGACUGAACAAGGAUUCGCUGUUGGAAUGCACGCUGCUCUUCACAUAAACCCUUACUACGGCAAGACUUCGAUCGAGGGUCUGAUUGCACAUUUCCAAUCUGUUCUUCAUAUGGGACCGACGAUUAUAUACAAUGUGCCUGGUCGAACAGGGCAAGAUAUACCACCUCGUGCCAUCUUCAAACUUUCUCAGAAUCCUAAUUUAGCCGGUGUGAAGGAAUGUGUUGGGAACAAGCGGGUCGAAGAGUACACUGAGAAUGGGGUUGUUGUGUGGAGUGGGAAUGAUGAUGAGUGUCAUGAUUCGAGAUGGGAUUAUGGAGCAACAGGAGUUAUAUCGGUUACUAGUAAUUUAGUGCCGGGUUUGAUGAGGAAAUUGAUGUUUGAUGGUAGGAAUUCGUCUUUGAACUCAAAGCUACUACCUUUAAUGGCUUGGCUAUUCCACGAGCCAAACCCGAUUGGAAUUAACACUGCUUUGGCUCAGCUUGGAGUGUCAAGGCCAGUUUUUAGGUUACCGUAUAUACCAUUGCCACUGUCUAAGAGGCUUGAGUUUGUGAAACUGGUGAAAGAGAUUGGACGAGAGCAUUUUGUGGGUGAAAAAGAUGUUCAGGCUCUUGAUGAUGAUGAUUUUAUCCUUAUCGGUCGAUAUUAGCAUUACCUUUUUUUUUCGAAUUUUUGGUUUCUUUUGUUUGGUGAUAAAAAAGAAGAGACGGUUCUAUACUUCUAUCUGUUUUAUGUAGCUGAUGAAUGAAAACUCACGGAAUGAUUUCGUCAUAUUUCUUAUCAUGUUUUGGUCCUCU